AUGGUAGAAAACUUUGUUAACAAUAAACUACCACGUAAAGCCAUAGUACUCCGAUAUAUCCCAGUAUCAGCAAGAAAAGAGGGUCAAUCUUCUUUUGCCAAGGAUGAAGAGAAGAUCAAUAAGGGGCUUGAAAACUUGACCUUGCCAGCUACUAAUCUUGCCUUGAACAAGGUCUCAAAACCUUUAUUAAAAGGGUUCGUUCAUCAAACCGAGUUGGUGGUGAUAAAUCCUAGAGGACUCCCUAAUAAACAGGCGAAUGGCUUUGAUCCCAAUGCUUAUAAGCUUUUAGCUAAGGCUGGUUAUAGUCGUGAGGACAUCAAUAAGUUAGCGAAGGAUGGUGAUACUACUCAACUUGAAGGUAAACAAGUUUCUACAAAGACUAGAAAGGCAUGGAGAGAGAAGAAAACUUACGGCAAAACUUUAAGGGCUGGUCUUGGAUACGAGUCUUCCACACCGCUACAUUUUCAGAUUAAUAAAGAAGCCUCACAAUACAUAAGUGUGGAAGAAGUGAAGGACAAACAACAAAAUCAGAUUGGAACCCAAAAUAAUGGAAAGGCGCUAAAACGCACAUCAGUCUUUGCAAGACUUGGACAAUCCAUGUCAAAAGAUAACAAGCAUACACUCGAUCAUCAAUCAAGUUCGAUGAGUGAUUUAAAGGUUCUUCGUAGCAAAAUACCUUCACGCAUGAAGAGACAUUGUGAAUGGGUGGUGAGUGCUGAGGAGACAUUGAAAGGAAAAGCACGCACAAUAGUGAUGACAAACCCCUAUAAUGAAGAAAAGGAAGAUGAAAUAAUGUGUCUCACUUCAAAUCACAUCACUAUUGAAGAAGAUGAUAAUGAUAAGUUUGUCAUCGAAGAAGAUGUUGAGGAAGCUCUACCUUCCCUUGAAUCAGAAAAUAAGCCUACAAUGGAUGAACUUAAAGAGGUUAACUUGGGAACUGUUGAAAACCCACGACCAACCUUUAUCGAUGCAAAUUUAUCACCUGAAGAGGAAGCAAAUUACAUGGAACUUUUGAUGGAGUAUCGAGAUGUCUUUGCUUGGUCUUAUGAUGAAAUGCCAGGUUUAGACCCAAGGGUUGUAGUCCACCAACUAGCAGUAAAACAUGGGGCUAGACCUGUAAAACAAACUCAGCGUCGCUUCCGUCCUGAACUCAUAUCACAGAUUGAGGUUGAAGUCAAUAAACUUAUCCAGACAGGUUUCAUUCGUGAGGUCAAGUAUCCUACAUGGAUUUCAAAUAUUGUGCCAGUAAAAAAGAAGAAUGGCCAAAUGCGUGUUUGCGUGGAUUUUCGAGACCUUAACAAUGCUUGUCCCAAAGAUGACUUUCCACUUCCAAUUACCGAGAUCAUGGUCGAUGCUACCACAGGUCAUGGGAGAUUAACCUUCAUGGACGGUUCAUCUGGCUAUAAUCAAAUUCGAAUGGCACCCGCAGAUGAGGAGAAGAUGGCCUUCCGAACUCCGAAAGGGAUAUAUUGCUAUAAAGUUAUGCCUUUUGGCUUAAAGAAUGCAGGUGCCACUUAUCAAAGGGCGAUGCAGAACAUUUUUGAUGAUAUGCUUCACCAACAUGUUGAAUGCUAUGUUGACGACCUCGUGGUGAAAUCAAAAGAAAAAGAAAAUCAUUUGCAAGAUCUUCGUUUGGUAUUUGAACGAUUACGUCGAUUCCAGCUAAAAAUGAACCCACUAAAAUGCGCAUUUGGUGUGUCAUCAGGCAAAUUCCUAGGGUUUAUAGUUCGACAUCAAGGGAUUGAGAUUGACCAGUCUAAGAUUGAAGCCAUUCUAAAAAUGCCGGAGCCAAGAAACAUCCAUGAGUUGAAGAGUCUCCAAGGAAAGUUGGAUGAAGCUUGUACUAAUGCCUUCAACAAGAUAAAAAAAUACUUGUUGAAUCCGCCUGUCCUUCAAGCACCGGUACCGAGACGCCCACUUAUCCUCUAUAUUGCACCUCAAAUACAUUCCUUAGGGGUGUUGUUGGUGCAACAAAAUGAUGAAGGCAAGGAAAGUGCUCUCUACUACCUUAGUAGGACAUUAAAUGGGGCUGAACUGAACUAUUCUCCAAUAGAGAAGACAUGUCUAGCAUUAAUGUUUGCAAUAAAGAAGCUAAGGCAUUACCUCCAAGCGCAUUCAGUUAUCAAGGGGCAAGCACUAGCUGAUUUUCUCGCUGAUUAUCCUAUUCCUGAUGAAUGGAAGUUCUCUGAAGACCUGCCUGAUGAGGACGUUUUGUUUAUUGAAAUGUCAGAACCAUGGAAAAUGUUCUUUGAUGGCGCAGCACGACAAGAUGAAGCCGGGGCUGGGGUUAUAUUCAUCACACCGGAAGGAGAGGUCUUGCCUUUCUCCUUUUCACUUACCGAAUGUUGUUCUAAUAACAUGGCCGAAUAUCAAGCCUUGAUUCUUGGGUUGGAAAUGGCAGUGAAUAUAAAGAUGUAUCGCCUUAAAGUUUUUGGGGAUUCUCAAUUAGUCAUCAGACAACUCCUCUCACUAUAUGAAGUCAAAAAGCCAGAGUUCAUCCCAUAUCACAAAUGGGUCGUUCCACCGCUAAAUCAUGACAUAGAAGAGAAAGAACAAGUGGGUAUAGUUUCUGUAUACGAGAUUGAAAGAGAAGACUGGUGUCAGCCACUUAUCGAUUAUUUGAGACAUGGAAAGCUACCUAAAGACCUACGUCAUAAGACAGAGGUGAGGCGAAGAGCUUCUCGCUUCAUAUACUUUCAAGGCACUCUUUACCGACGUUCUUUUGACGGAGUCUUUUUGCGUUGUCUCGGAGAAGAAGAAGCAACAAAAGCACUAGAGGAAACUCACUCAGGGAUCUGUGGAGCACACCAAUCACGCCCUAAACUUCACUUCCGGAUCAAAAGAAUGGGAUAUAAAUGGCCGACAAUGGUAAAGGAUUGCAUAGACUAUGCUAGAAAAUGUCAAAGUUGUCAAUUGCAUGCUAAUUUGAUCCAUCAGCCACCCGAGCCUUUACACCCGAUAGUUGCCUCUUGGCCCUUUGAUGCUUGGGGACUUGAUGUGGUAGGACCAUUACUGAAAAGCUCUGGGGGGCAUCUUUACAUAUUGGCUGCAACAGAUUACUUCUCAAAGUGGGCAGAAGCUGCAGCAUUAAAAGAGGUCAAGAAAGAGACAGUUGUAAACUUCAUUCGAACAAACAUCAUUUACUGUUAUGGGGUACCAAGAUACAUCAUAACUGAUAAUGGAAAGGAGUUAUACAAUACAGCCAUGAACAAGUUGUGUGCACAAUUCAGCUUCAAACAGCAUAACUCUUCUAUGUACAAUGCUCCGGCUAAUGGUUUGACAGAAGCCUUUAACAAGACUUUAUGCAACAUUCUCAAGAAGGUGGUGAAUCGCUCGAAGAAGGACUGGCAUGAGAGAAUUGGGGAGGCGUUAUGGGCUUAUCGUACUACAUUCCGAACACCAACUCAAGCUACUCCAUAUUCCUUGGUAUACGGGGUCGAAGCUGUUCUUCCACUAGAAUGUCAAAUUCCAUCUUUGAGAAUCGCAAUCCAAGAAGGACUUUCCAAUGAAGACAAUGUUCGUAUACGCCUUGAAGAGCUUAAAGCUUUAGAUGAAAAACAUCUUGAGGCACAACAACGAUUAGAAUGUUAUCAAGCAUGA